CUUACAUGGCAUGUGUAUUACGUACACGCACGUGCUUUAUAACUUGGAGUGAAUGUUGAACUUUGAGCGUACGACGUUCUAAAUUCUCAUUGGCGAUGCCGAAAUAAUAUAAACUCUGACUAUACCGUCGUGACUACAACCGCGAUUUCGUCGUCCGGCGAUAGAUAAGAUGGUAAACAAUUUCAGAAUCAUUGUUUGUUUGCUCGAUUUAAUCGGGAAGACUAACGUCAUCAUCGCCGCCACCACCACCACCACCAUCUCAAAGCGCAGCUCAUCGUCGAUUCAGAUGUUGCUGCUGCUGCUGCUGCUGCUGCUUCACCGCCACGUGGCAAAUGGUCGGACGAGUACUUGUCGAUAUAUUCAGAAACGCAGUCGAUACCGGGAUUCAAUUACCAAUCGAAGAGAUGAUGAUUCCCAUCGGACAAAUCGCCGUCGAUCCAGAAGCCUCGGUGAGGUCGGAACUCGUGGAGCAGGUGCCCCACGUCGCGAUGAUAUGCGAGGAGGCUCCCAACCGGUUUCGGCACGUACUUCCUCAACAUCUACUGGGAAUUGUCAUCAAGUACCUCCGAGACGACGACAACCAGGUUAGGAAAACUGCGCAGGCCGCUCUUUUGGUACUCAUGGAACGAGGACUGUUGGAGAAAGAACCGAUUGAGGAGCUCAUUUGUCCAGUUGUUUUGGAGCUUUCGUUCGUCAACGAUCCAUCGGUAGAAAUUCACACGGGAGCGAUAGCCCUCAUGUGCAAGAUGGCUCCACUCGUCGGAAGAGAACUUACGGAGAGAUUGUUCCUCGACAGAUUCGCAAAGCUAUGCUCAGACGAUAUCUUCUACGUAAGAAAAGUCUGCGCUGCUAAUCUAGCUGAUUUUUGUGCAGCUGUUAGCAAAGAGUCCAUCGAGACCAUACUGCUUCCAAGGUUCAUAGAUUUAUGCACGGACGAAGUGUGGGGGGUCAGAAAAGCAUGCGCUGAAGUUAUAAUGUCCGUUUCGUGCUGCGUGUCUCUCCAUCAUCGACAGCAUACCUUGGCGCCUGUGUUCGCUACCCUGCUCGGCGAUGUGUCAAAGUGGGUCCGAAUGUCUGCGUUUCAGACGCUUGGGCCAUUCAUCUCUACUUUUGCCCAACAAUUUACAGCAUUGGCAUACAACCAGUACGGCGAGGUUGUUUUUACCAAUCAACAAGGCAUGGAGCUAAGAUACAACAAAUUAUCGUACUCAAAUCCUCGCACGUUAAACUUCUGCGAAACCUCUUCAUUUGGUUGUUUGAGCAGGAAGUACGAAGAGUACAACGAUAAAUUUGAAGUUGAAUUUUCACCUGUGAGUAUGGUGGGAUCACGAAAUCGGGAUAAGGAUGAGGACGGCUUUAAGCCCUCAUCGGAAAGUACUAACAUAGAAGAUUCCGGAUCUGGUGACGACACGGACAAAUUCAACCCGUUUCUAUUCUAUUACAUUUCCCCGGAUAUGCCGUUGGAUUUGGAACUUGUCGAGGCAGGCAGACCAAGGAAUUCAGAGGAGGGAAACGUAAAGGAAGAAGCCCCUAGUUUGGAGAAAGAAACGAAAAAUCAGUCUAUUUCCAAUGACAGUGUAAACAAUUCGGAGGACAGUGUGAGUGGGUCUGUAAGCGUAGAAAAUAGCUCGCAAUUGCUAAACGAUACAAUAGAUGUGUUCGACGCUUACGAGGAACGCAAAACUACCACCCCGAACGCGAACGGCGACUCAGGUAACAAGUACAACGCGGCGGGUGACAACUACCAGUGCGUGGUGCCGCAAGUUCUCAUCGAUUACUUCGUUUCUAUGACCGAAACGACGCAGGUUGUCCAGACUGACUCGGAAAUACUGCAGCACUGUGCCUUCAGUUUCCCGGCCGUUGCCCUCACCCUGGAAAAACAUAACUGGCCACUUUUGAAGGAUGCCUAUCUCUCACUGGCAAGCGCCCUCCCAUGGAAAGUCAGGCUCACCUUGGCGUCCAGUAUUCACGAGAUUGCGUUAAUACUCGGUGAGGAUUUGGCCGCGAGAGACUUGGUACCAAUCUAUGACGGGUUCAUUAAAGACUUGGACGAAGUUAGGAUAGGGGCGCUUAAACACUUGGCCACGUUUCUUAAGGUUCUCAGACCCGCCGAGAGAUGCCAAUACUUACCGAGACUCAACGAUUUUUUGGUCACCGAUACCGAAUGGAACUGGAGAUUCAGGGAGGAGCUCGCUAACCAGCUACUCGAAGCCGUCACUCUGUUCAAUCCGUACGAUGUUUCCAAGUACAUUGCACCUCUCUCACUUCAUCUACUUGUGGAUAAAGUCGCAGCGGUUCGGACGGUCGCCUUAGCCUUGGUAACUCAGAUAAUUUCCCACUUGUCGGUCGACGAAGCUCUUGUCACGGCACUGGUGCAGGAACUUGGCCACAUGUUACCGCGUUCGGUGAAAUGGACGCGCAGGCAAACGUACGGAAUUUUGUGCUCUCAGUUGAUAACAAACGGCGCAAUUACCGCCGAUAGGUUUUCCAAGGAGAUGCUACCUCAUCUGAUCGAUUUAUCGUGGGACAAUGUACCAAACGUCCGACUAGCGGUCGCUAGAACGUUGGCAAAAAACGUUGCUACCCGAGGACCCGAAUGGCAGGGCGGACCGGAACAAGCGGAGGCUGUGAAAACGAAAUUGAAACACUUGCGACAAGACGUUGACCGCGAUGUUCGCGAACAUGCUAUUCUAAUCAGGACGCAAUAGCACUUGGACAAGGGGUCGAACCCCAACCUCAGAUGGGCAGUGCAUUUACCUCGACUUAUCGCGUAGCAUCCGGCGCAUCUACCUGCGAUUCGAUUCGGUCUCUGUGAUUUUUUUAAUGUUGAAUGAAUGUACGCCAAAGCAGCAAAGCUAUACCUGUCCGAUUAUGAAUGCGAGAUACAUGUUUUAUUUUAUUUUUAUUUUUAACUUUAAACUGUUUUUUCCAUUUGUUUUCCUUCUCCGUCUGUCCUUAAAUUUGUUGUUUUCAAAUAAAUCGUCAAUUUCGAUGCUAAGGUAUCUACCAAUACCGAGCUGUUGUAAAACUCGAUGAAACAAAAGUAGCAUAGAUAGAAAGGUGUAUAAAAAGUCAUUUGCGUUAGAAUACUUGAUAACGAACCGGAUUUCCUUCACUUCUGACUUCCGACAAUUUUUUCUUUCUUGCAGUCACUCAUUCUUUUGCGAGCGUUAAAACUCGUAUCGUUUCACUUCUUCCUGAAGUACCGAAAAUACGUUGAAAUGACGAAUUUAUCCAAACAUUAGUUAAUUUUAUUGUUACUUGUUUUCGUGACACUGUUACGCAAUCCUCUCGUAACGAAAUAAUGAGUAAAAGAAAAAAAAAAAGAAACCAAAACACGAAAAUAUGCGAUUCUUACGAAAAUAUGUUGUGGACCGGCAAUAUAUCUAGUAUAUGUCAAGCGUAUGGAGUCCGGGUGAAAGCUUAGGCUUAGUAAACCUACUUAAGAAGAUUGAACGAAGACGUAACUCUAAGCUCAAGUUUUAAUUACCUACUACUAUUUUAUUAUUACAAAUAAUUAUACCAUCUAGUGAACAUAAAACACGUAAUACGUAAUAAUUCGAGUUACUGGUGAACUUGAUAUUCUGUGAGAUAGGGUAAGGUAUCGACUUCAACAAUACAAAUCCUCGUAAAUGGUAAAAUAAAAGAACUAAACAUACAAACUCGGAUUAAAAGAAAACAAUAAAUAAUUUUCAAGAUAUUCAAGCAUGAAUCAUUGUGACCGUCAUAGAUAAAAUUUAUAAGAUUAUCAAGUCAUUAAGGUGUCGGGCGAGGAUUUCUUACUAUCAAUAAUGUGUCUAUCAAAUAAUCCGAGUUACUAGUUGCUUUUGAUGAAUCAAUACAUGCACAUAAACGACGAAAACAAUCAUCACGCACUCUUAUAAAUAAUUACCUUCUCUUUCCUUUGUUCCGUGUUAUCGCCAUUGCGCAUCUAUGAGAAAGUGCAACUAGUAAGCGAACAAAUUUGUGGCAUUAAUGAUCUUAAAUUUUUGACACUUAGUUAGGAAACUUGAGGUCUUAUGUAAAACGGCUGAUAUUAGUAAUAUCCUAGGUAAUCCGUAGGCAUCGCAAGAACGAAAGAAAAAAAUGAUAAACAAUUCCGUAGGUAAAACGAAUUUUUGAAAAUAUUUUUAUUCUAGUUAUAGCAAAUUAUUACCAUCGAAAUAUACAACAGGAUCCGACCGUGAAUAAAAAAUAACAGUCCUUAUAAAAUUUGUAAUAAUAGUAAGUUAUCUGGAAAUGUCAAGUUUUGUAUGUAUCUCAGACGGUGGUUCACUGGUUCUACUAUACCGAUUCAUGUAAUGUUAUUGAUUGAUAUCCUAGCCGUAAUAAUAAUAAUAAUAAUAACAAUAAUGAUAGCAGUAAUAACGAUAAUAAUUUAGAAUAUACAGUACAGGGAGGCACUGAAAAUGGCUGUAUAAAUAAUGUACAAUAAAGUGGUAAGGAAUGAAAGAAACGAAACACCGAUACGUAGUUCAUAUAAAUAUUAUAAUGCCAUCACUUUGAAAUUUUUGUACGUGGAACAAACCAACCGAGAUCACUAUGUGUACCCCCCUAAUAUAGGUAUGUAUAGAUAUAUUAUAAACUAAGAGAUAUCGUCAAUCUAAUAAUAAAUAAUAAUAUGAUACAAUAAUUGAUAGAAAUCGACUGAUGAUGAAUGGUGAUUAUGAGCGCCAAUGAUUGUCAUAUAACGGUGAUUGACAAUCAGUGGGAAAUGAAUUCAAUUUACGAAAACGUGGAACAACUGACAAGUAUUUUUCAUUUCAGCAACACUUGUUUAUCAAUGUGAAUGUUACGAAAAGUGUUUUUUU